UACGACGUCCAGUCAUCCAAUCGGAUUGCGCGACAGAACCACGUCAGGUUCAGCCAUGAUGUGGUUUUGAAUGAGGAAGAAGCGGGAGAUGUUGUACUUCAACGAGUUUAUUCAGGUUUUUUAGGCACGUUAACGAUCUUUAAAGGGGUUAAUCUGCGACUAAAGAUGAAAGCUAAUUUUCUGAACGCGCGAGCAGCGACCUAUGGCGUCCCUGUGGGAAUUUAAACACGACUCAAUAAAGUAGCCGUGUAGCUAACGACGCUAGCUAGACACGGCUAAUUCCAAGCUAAGAGGCUAACGCUUAGUUUUUUUUUUUCUUUGAGGAAGUAAAAAGUUAUGUUUAGGGGGAGUGUUGCCUUUUAAAACCGCCUUAGCUAACCUACCUCAUUUGAAUGAGACGCGUUAAGCGUCAUUCGGCUCGACUGUGAUUCAGACUGAUUGCAGCCAUAGCGGUUUUUUUUCUUUAAACCGUCGCUGUCAUUAAUGAAACUUUAAAGUCAUGCUGAAUAAAAUCUACGAAUGGAUAGAAACGAACUUCGCCAAUCUUCGCAACGGAGAACCGGCUGUGGAACACUCACCUGGACUCCCGGCUCCGAGAGAUGCUCCAGUUAGAAGAAAAAGACCCAUUGAUUGUUUGGAGGACGGCCACAGAAUCAAUGAAGAAAAUUUAAUAAUUAAGAAAACACGAAUGGGAGAUUUCAUUGAUUCAUUCAGGAGUGCUGCUGAAGGGGUUAAAAAUCAUAGUAGCAAUGUAGCUACAUGGAUGAUAAAAAAUGUAAGCCCAACCUUAAAAAAUAUGCUGCCUACCUCUUCUGAUUCCCCUCCUGGAGAACCACAGCCCUCAACAUCAGCAGAAAUCUGGACAAGUAGACCGAUUGUUCACAGGAACUAUUUGGAUGGAACGUUUGCAGCUCCCUCAACAACAUUGGAAUGGAAAACACCCAAAUCAGAGUGGCUGCGUAAUGAGAGAACGACAAUGGGAUCAAGGGUUUGUAGGCGACAAGUUUGUAUGAGUCCUGCACAUCGGGAGGUUCCAAAAACAAAUGGGCAUCCGAUCAGUGUGCCAUCCUCCAUCAGUACCAAGCUGCACCUGUCCCCAAGGCUAGGCAGGCCAUUAAACCUCCGCCCGCAUGGAACCGCAAGUGUCUGCAGUGCAUCUGGAGUGGGCAUGACUAGCACCUCCUGCAACAACAUGUAUGAGAAGACCUUUCCCAUUAAAGUGGUGCAGAGCCCAACUCACAGCACCUCCUCAAGCCGCUUUAACAAAGCUGGGUCGCCUUGCACCGCUCAGGAGUCUAUUCGUGAGGAGGAGAAGGAGAUCUACAGGCAGCUUCUGACCAUGGUUUCUGGUGGUCAGUCAUCUUUUCUUAAUAACGGCAACGCACAUACCUUUGUGAGGUCCCAUAGAGAUUUCACCAGCUUCCUCACCAGCCACAGACGGCUACAAACGUCUUCUCCAGCUGGAUCAGCAGCUGAAGGGAUGUCAGAGGGACCCAGUAGCCCACCCAGCCCCAGAGGGAUAUCAAGUCAGAGCUCCAGCAACCUCCCCAGCCCUGUCGGAGCCUCCAGCAAGUCAGGGGCCCAGAUUUGGUCACAAGACACAGAUCCCAGCACCGCUCUCUUCUCAGCUCCUUCCCCAUCAGCUCUGCAAGAUAACACCUCUCAGGGGACAGAGUCAUCAGCCCAGGAUGGCGACUCUGUGAUUAUUGUAAACGAGCAAAAAUUCCAAAAGCAAGACAGCUCAAGCAUGCCAUUAUUCCAAGCUGAGCUAUGGAUUAAGGAAUUGACUAGCUUGUAUGACUCUCGGGCGAGAGAAAGACGGAGACAAAUAGAAGAACAGGAAGCCUUGGCUGCCCAGCUUCUGCGACAGCGCUUGUCUGAGGAGGGAAAGCGAAGUCCAGAUGUUGAGGUGCAUGUUCGCGUUCCUUUGGAGAAGGAAGUUCCUCUGACUCCUGUGAUAGAGGAGCCGAAGUCUGUAGAGGAGAAACCUGAAUUUCCAGAACUCACAGUGGAAAUGGAGGCGGAGGUGCACAGAACGCUGAUGAAAGGAGGAAAUCCUCAUGAAGUACUAAGUGAAGGUUUCGGUCUCAGCCUCACAAGAAAAGACCUGCAAACCCUGAGCAACCUCAACUGGCUCAAUGAUGAGGUUAUCAACUUUUACAUGAACCUGCUGGUUGAGCGCAGCAAGGAGCCAAACUUCCCGUCAGUCAAUACAUUCAACACCUUUUUUUACCCGAAGCUGCGCAGCAGCGGCUACUCCACUGUCCGCCGAUGGACCAAGAAGAUGGACAUCUUUGCUAAAGACAUCCUGUUGGUUCCUGUCCACUUGGGAAUGCACUGGUGCCUCUCAGUGGUGGAUUUCCGCAAAAAGUCUGUUUUGUAUUUAGAUUCUAUGGGAGGAAGCAAUGAUGAAGCUUGCCAAAUCUUGUUUGACUACCUGCAACAGGAAAGCAGGGACAAAAAAGGCAAAGAACUUGAUACCUCAGGCUGGACUGUGCACAGCAAGAAGCCCAGUGAAAUCCCACAGCAGAUGAAUGGUAGCGACUGUGGAAUGUUCACUUGCAAAUAUGCAGAUUACAUUACCAAAGACAAACCAAUCACGUUCACACAGAAACACAUGCCCUACUUCAGAAGACGGAUGGUUUGGGAGAUUGUGAACCACAAGUUGUUGUGAUGUCACGAUUUGACACUUUAAAGUCAAUUCAUGGCCAAAGUUGAGCUCAUUCCUCGGGAGGUUCAAUUGAGACUUGCACACCAGCUCCUCACACCAGAAACCAGCUGUUUCUUUUAAGCCCCCCGAGCUCAUGUUGGCUGACAGGAUGUUGCCGGAGCACAAAUCACUGCCUCCCACUCCGCUUCUUCUGCUCUUUGACUUUUGAUACAGCAGCGGAGCGUCAGAAUAGCAGCUAAAACACUUUGUAUUUGGUUGUAUUUGCCCAGCCAGAACUAUUUUUGCAUCAUUUGUAGUGAUGUACUCUGUAGUGAAUCAUACUCUGAGGUUUUCUCCAUUUCUGUCAGAAUGUUACAUAAUCCCACUUCACCAUGACAAUACGUACUCCCACAAUCUGUUAAAAAUGCAGAAGGGCUGCCAACUUCCAUCUAUGAUUGGUUACUCAGAAUGAGUACUGACACGUUUUUCUUGACUGACAGCUGCAGGUUUGUGCCGUAUAGACGUUACUAUGAAUGGAUGAUGGAAUAAAAUGCACACAGGUCAAUGCAAUGCUGCCUCAGAGUAUGAUUUAUUAUGAAAAUGUCUUACUUUCAGUGAUCCAGGUCUAAAGGAGCAUUUACAGCCUAAAACAGCAGGGUAAUAAAACUUUAGCAUUUCCUUGUUCUUGAUAAGCUUGUAAAUUAAAAUCUAUUUUAUGUAUUUGAGUCUUUUUGUUAGGCAGCAACAUUUGGGUGAUUCAGUGUAUUUUGAAGUUUUGUACAUACUUGAACCCAAUACAGCCCACAAUGUAACAAACAUUUUGUAUGUAUUUCUUAUUCUGUCUUAAUGGAAGUCUGCUUUUAUAAAUAAAUUAUCCGGGAUGUUUAGUAAA